AUGACAUUGAUUCUGGAAUUAAGGAAUCAGAUGCUUGAGAACGUGUCUACAAACACAGUUUCAAAUGGUGAAGGAGGUCAAGGAAGUCCUAGAACUCCUAGAACAGUUGGUCUUAAACCUUUGGGGUACGUACCUAAAUUAGAGUUUCCAAAAUUUGACGGCUCUAAUUGUAGAUUGUGGAUUAAAAAAUGCAGCAAAUAUUUUCAUUUGUGUAAGAUACCUGAUGAACAGAAGGUUGAUUUAGCGUCAUUAUUCAUGAUUGAAAAGGCUGAAAAAUGGGUAGCUAGUUACUUGUCUGUGAGAAAGAAUGUAGACUGGACUGAAUUUGUGGUUGAUUUGUCUGCAAGAUUUAAGGAUGAAACAACAGUUGAUGUUGUUGAACAAUUCAAUAAGUUGCAACAAACUGAUUCUUUAGAAUCUUAUAUAGAUGAAUUUGAGGAUUUAAGUUCUGUAGUUCUUCAACAUCAUCAUUUUCUGCUUGAUGAUUACAUUCUAGAAAGUUUUGUGGGAGGUUUGAAGUCUGGAGUUAAGCCUUUUGUUAAAGCAUUUAAGCCCAAAACUAUUUCAGCUGCAGUAGAGAUUGCUAUAUUACAAGAGGAGACUCUUAAAUCUAUACAAUACAAGCCUUCUAAAUUCACUCCUUUUGGGUCUAAAACACUUUAUCCCUUGUUGCCAAAUCCACCUGUGAAACCUUCUUCUCAACCUAUCAUCUUAAAUCACAAAUGCCAAUUUAAGGAACCUCAAUUGUUUACAGUGGAAAUUGCUAGUAGUACUGGAGGUGCAGAUGGAAUAAGUAAUGAUGAGGAUUAUAGUGACAUUGAUAAUAUAGAACCAGUGAUUUCAGUCAAUGCUUUGUCUGGAAAUCAAAACUUUCAAACCAUGAGAGUUCAAGGCAGGGUUCAUGACAAACCUUUCCACAUUUUAGUAGAUUUAGGUUCUACUCAUAAUUUUCUAGAUCUGAAUUUAGCUAAGAAGUUGGGUUGUGCUAUUGAAUCUAUACCUGCCCAAGCAGUGGCUGUUGCUGAUGGUAAUCAGCUGAAUUGUCAGCAUGUAUGCAAGGAAUUUCAGUGGAGUAUGCAAGGGCAAUCUUUUGUGGCUGAUGUUAUGCUGAUUUCCUUAGGGGGAUGUGAUAUGUUACAAGGUAUGCAUCCUCAAAGAGUAAAGGUAGUUGAGGGAGCACCAUCUUCCAAGCUGAUGAAUACUGCUGUUCAGCUUUAUCCAGUUAAUCUUCCUCCUCACAGGGUUGUGUUUGAUCACACUAUACCUUUGGAAGCUGGUUGCAAACCAGUGAAUAUCAGGCCAUAUAGGUAUCCCCUCAAACAGAGGGAUAUUAUUGAGCAAUUGGUGCAGGACAUGCUGGAUAGAGGAAUUAUACAGAAUAGCUCAAGUCCAUUUGCUUCACCAGUGGUGUUGGUAGGAAAAAAAGAUGGUACUUGGAGACUUUGUGUGGACUACAGGGACUUGAACUCUAAAAUUGUUAAAAAUAAAUUUCCAACCCCAGUGAUUGAUGAGCUUAUAGAUGAGUUAACUGGGGCUACAGUCUUUAGUAAGUUGGAUCUUAGGGCUGGUUAUCAUCAGUUGAGAGUCCAUGAUAGUGAUGUUUAUAAAACAACAUUCAAGACUCACACAGGGCACUAUGAAUUUCUUGUAAUGCCUUUUGGGCUUACAAAUGCUCCUGCAUCUUUCCAAGGGUGGAUGAAUAAGGUGUUCAAACCUUUGCUUAGGAAGUGUGUGUAG